AUGGUCAGGGAUUUUAAUAAAUUAGAUAGUUUGUUAGUGUCUUCAAGAAUACUUUCAAAUACUUUUUUUCUAAAAAACUUUCAUUAUAAAAGACAAAUUUCUCGGUCUUUUUCAACAAUUCAAAACAAUUAUCCUUAUAAUAAUUACAACAAUAAUGAUUUACGACGAAACUUUUCUUCACAAGUUGAAAUUAAAACUUUUAGUAAUCAAGAUAAAUUGCCACACCUACCAAUUCCUACCCUUCAAGAUACUGCAACACGUUACAAAAAAAGUUUAUUACCACUUUUAUCCCAAGCCGAUUAUAAUCGUGCAGCAGCAGCUGUUGACGAAUUUGUAAAGAAGGAUGGUCUUGGUGAAAAGUUACAGGCUAGGUUACAUGAAUUGUAUAAUAUUGAGCCCAAUUGGCUUGACAAAAUUUGGUUGGACAAGGCAUAUCUUGAAUGGCGUGAGCCUUCGUUGAUUAAUGUUAAUUGGUGGUGUGAAUUUGUUGAUCCAGUAGAUGGAAUAUUAAAACAACCUCCGCCAAAAGGUCAAGUUUCUGAUUUUCAAAUUAAUAGAAUGACUGGACUCAUAUCAAAUCUAUUAAGUUUCAAUGAUAUAAUUAAUAAUGAACAAUUACCGCCAGAAUCCACACGACAAGGAUUAUUAUGUAUGAAUCAAUAUAAAAAUCAAUUUGGAGCAACUCGUAUAGCAGAUCAUCCAAAAGAUCGUAUUAUCACAACUUGGCCAGCAACCGCAAAAUUUAUAAUUGUUUUGUUUAAAGACCAAAUUUUUAAAGUACAAGUAUUAGGCGAUAAUGGCGCAAGGGUUCCUGUUAAUGAAAUAGAAAAACAACUUAGAUCAGUUGUUGAACAAGUUAAUAAGAUUCCUAGUAGCGAAUUACAAGCUCCUGUAGGAUUGUUAACAGGGGAACAUCGUGACACUUGGGCAACUGCUCGAAAAACAUUAGAAAUGAACAAUAAACAAAAUUUUGAAACAAUUGACAAAGCAUUAUUUAGUGUGUCAUUAGAUGAUUAUUCGGUUGAUAGUGAUAUUAGUGUAUCACAUAACAAUUUGUUUCAUGGAUUUGAUGGAAGAAAUCGUUGGUUUGAUAAAGCAGUUCAAGUUAUUUUGCAAAGUAAUGGCCGUGGUGGUAUUAAUGGAGAACAUUCACCUUCAGAUGCAGUAAUUCCUGGAAAAAUGAUGGAUUAUAUUGUGUCAAGAGAACCUGCCCAAGAUCCACCAAAUGCAUCUUCAAUUAGUUUACCCACCCCCGAACAUUUAAAAUGGAAUUUAGAUCCGUCUAUCCAAAAAACCAUAGAAAAUGCGCAAGUUAAUAUUCAGUCAGCAAUUGAUAAUGUUGAUAGUGUUUUAUUACAUUAUAGCGAAUAUGGUUCUAAUUGGCUAAAGAAAAAUGCUUUUGUUCAAAUGGCUUUUCAAUUAGCUUAUUAUCGUCAUUAUGGUGAACCAUGUGCUACUUAUGAAUCUGCUUCUACAAGAGCAUUUUUACUUGGUAGAACGGAAACUGUUAGAUCGUGCUCUGUAGACAGCGUUGCAUUCACAAAAGCAUUCGAUGAUAAAAACGUUAAAAAAGAACAGAAAAUUGAAUUACUCAAAAAAGCCAUCGAGAGUCAUUUGGAAUAUAUGAUAUCUGCUACCAAAGGCAAUGGAGUAGAUAGACAUUUAUUAGGAUUGAGAGUACAUCUUCAAAACGAUGAGGAAAGAUCUAAAGCAACAAUUUUUAGUGAUCCAUCAUACCUCAAAUCGAUGUAUUUUAAACUUUCCUCUUCAAAUAUGAGCCCGGGUGAUUAUUUUUAUGGUGGUUUUGGAGCAGUUGUGCCAGAUGGAUAUGGUAUUUGUUAUUCUAUUGGCAAGGAAAAGUUAAAGUUGAGUAUAAGUAGUUAUAAAAAUGCCAAAGAAACCGAUAGUGUUGCAUUUAGAAAAACCUUGACUGGUGCAUUUAAUGAUUUAGGAUCAUCGUUAAGUUAA